AUGUUGGAUCUGGACAUAUAUCAGAAGAAUCUCGCCGGGCUCCUGCUGGUCUGCGGGACUCUGCUAGCCACAGGGAGCCCCAGCAAACAGGGGAAGCAGAAAGCCGGCCGCGAAAGCCCCCAUCAGGGAUCGCAACGAGCCUUUUACAUCGUCUAUGCCCUCGUCAUGGCUUCAGACUGGCUCCAAGGGCCUUAUCUCUAUUCCCUCUACCGCGACGAACACAAGGUCUCUCCCGGGCUGAUCCCCACGCUCUUCACCACCGGAUUUCUUUCCGGGGCCGUGAGUGCCUACUUUAUCGGCUCCGUCGCCGAUCGAUCAGGCCGACGCCUAGCUUGUCUCUCCUUCUGCGUCAUUUACUCCCUCUCUUGCCUUCUCACAGUGGUACCCAGUGUACCUCUACUCUUUGCCGGUCGCGUCCUUGGUGGGAUUGGCACGAGCCUGCUUUUCAGUGUUUUUGAUACGUGGAUGGUGACGGAUUUUCACCAGCGAAAGCUGGCCAGCAAGGGACUUAGCCUGUCCAGGACAUUUGGCACCAUGAGCACCGUGAAUAGCAUCGUUGCUAUUGCUAGCGGUAUCUCUAGCGAGUGGCUGGUUGAGUGGGCGGGAACGAGGAAGGCACCUUUUGGGCUAAGUGUUGGGUUGCUUGGAUUGGCGACGGUCUUCAUUUACAGCCAAUGGGAUGAAAACUAUGGCGACGCGACAACUCCCGAUUCCGGGUCCAAACCAGCCGAAAACAGACUCCUCAAAGCCCUCACCAACAAACGCGUCCUCUCCCUCGGCCUCGCCUCAACCAUGUUCGAAGGCUCAAUGUACCUCUUCGUCUUCUUCUGGGCGCCCGCCCUAGAAGCCGCCCACGCCAACUCUCCCACCCCGCUCCCCUACGGCACCAUCUUCGCAAGUUUCAUGGCCUCCAUGAUGACCGCGUCCCUCCUCUUCACCAAACUCUCAUCUUACACGACCCUCAGCCACGGCACCCUCCUCUCCGCCCUCCUCGCUGUCUCCACGGUGAUCUUUUACACUCUCUCCUCGGCGCCAAGAACCGAGCAGACGGCGUUCUGGCUCUUCUGUGCCUUCGAAGCUUGCGUGGGAGUCUAUUGGCCUGUUGUUGGGCUAUUGAAAGGAAAGGUGGUUGAUGAUGCCGUGCGUGCGCAGGUGUAUGGUGUGCUGAGAGUGCCGUUGAACGUGUUCGUUGUUGCGUCUUUGGCGCUGACUAGGGGAGGAGGGGAUUAUGCGAAAGUGUUUGGCGCAUGUGCGGCGUUUCUUCUGGCUGGGGCCGGCGCGGUAGCACUGACAAUCGCCGGUUCUUGA